UUGGGGGAUCAUUCUUAGAAGGGUGGAUCCUCCCGACCUUGCAUCGUUCAGGAUCUGAGGGGCGGGGCGAAAUCACAAGAUCAGCAAAAAAUGCUUGCAUGAAUUUGACAGCAACAUAUACUUAGCUAUCAAAUCGUCGCCUCCCUCUACCCCCCUUUUUAAAAAAUACAUCUGUCGGGUUGGGUGAGUUGCAACAUUCAGGUUUGCUCAGGGUAGAGGGGCGCCCUAGCUGAUUCCCACCCCAGUCCUUGUGUGUAAAAAUAAGAAGCAUAAUCCGCCAGCAAGUUCUCCUGGGCAAGGAAACGCUUUUUCAGCCUGCAAACGAAUUGGCACAUUUCUUGUUAAGACCUGAGCAUAUUAGAAGAACUGAUCUCAACCCUAUUUUGUUUUAGAUAUGUAGGGAGGGGAAAACAUGAGCUCUUGAGAGAAAAUAAAAUCGUAUUGGUUUAGGGCUGCCAACUUUGAUUCCAGGACCAGAAGGCCAAAUGAGGCCAGAGCCUGGAGGGAUCUGUUUCACUGGGGUAGAUCUCCUGGGCACGCCUAAGCUGGCCUUGGAGUUUGCUUGCAUUUCAGGUCACCUGCGGCGAGUAGAAAAUCUACUCCAAGUGACGAGCCAUCAAAUUUAUUUGCCAAUUGGAAGAAAGUUGGUUCUGCUUUUUCAUUCAAGCUGUCGCUGUCAAGUCCCGUCCCCACCCCAGAAUUCUUCCUAUACGAUGUCAUGGUCCCCUCAGUACCGGAGUUCAAAAUUCCGCCAUGUUUACGGCAAGGCAGCCAGUAAGGAGAAGUGCUACGACUGUGUGCCUAUCACCCGCAGUGUUCACGACAAUCACUUCUGCGCUGUGAACCCGCAUUUCGUUGCUGUUGUGACAGAAUGUGCCGGCGGAGGAGCCUUUAUUGUCAUACCAGUAAAUCAGACAGGAAAACUCGACCCGCAUUACCCUCGCAUCUGUGGGCACAAAGGGAAUGUUUUAGACAUUAAGUGGAACCCUUUUGAUGACUUUGUAAUAGCCUCGUGCUCUGAAGAUACCACUGUUAAAGUCUGGAACAUUCCUCACCACUUACUCACAACAAACAUCACAGAUGCACAGAAGGAGCUUCUUGGUCAUUCGCGAAGGGUGGGACUCAUCGAAUGGCACCCAACUGCGAGCAACAUCCUUUUCAGCACCGGCUAUGAUUACAAAAUCAUGAUCUGGAACCUUGACACCAAAGAGUCUGUAAUUCAGACCCCGGUGAAGACAAUCCACUUCCACACGGACGUCAUUCUUUCCAUGUCGUUCAACACAGACGGGAGCCUCUUGGCCACGGCCUGCAGGGACAGGAAAAUAAGGGUCAUUGACCCACGAGCAGGAACUGUCCUACAGGAAGCAAACAACAAGUCUCACAGAGUGAAUAAAGUUUUGUUUCUAGGAAACAUGAAAAAGCUGCUCUCCACGGGGACAUCGAGGUGGAACAACAGGCAAAUUGCACUAUGGGAUCAGGGUGACCUUUCCGUGCCUUUACUAGAGGAGGAUAUGGACGGUUCCUCGGGUCUCUUGUUUCCUUUCUAUGACUCGGACACACACAUGCUGUAUGUGCUGGGCAAGGGCGACGGGAACAUCAGGUACUACGAGAUAAGUUCGGAGAAGCCAUACCUCAAUUACCUGAUGGAGUACCGCUCCCCUUUGCCCCAGAAAGGAAUAGGUAUCAUGCCAAAGAGGGGUCUGGAUGUUUCUUCCUGCGAGAUCUUCCGAUUCUACAAACUGAUCCCAGCCAAGUACCUGAUAGAGCCGGUGUCUAUGAUAGUUCCGCGUCGGUCUGAAUCGUACCAGGAAGACAUCUACCCGAUGACAGCUGGAGCCCAGCCAGCCCUGACGGCACAAGAAUGGCUAAGCGGCAGUAAUAAAGGCCCCGUCUUGAUGUCUCUGAGACCAGGCUCGGUCAUCUUGAACUCUUUGCCGCCACUCCCUGCGAAGGAGACAGUGCUGGAAGCCACAGAGCCUGCCCAGCUGCGGACCAGGGUGGCAGACAUCAUUGAGAAGCCAAGCAGGGUGCAAGAGAGAUGGGGGUACUGGAAGGCCGAGGAGAGGGGGCCAGAAGACAGGAAAAUCGGGCUGUCGAACGGCUUUGAUGUUUUUGAGUGUCCUCCGCCCAAAACAGAAAACGAGCUGCUGCAGAUGUUUUACCGGCAGCAGGAAGAAAUCCGGAGGCUCCGCGAACUGACGAUUCAGCGGGACGUGCAGAUCAAACAGCUGGAGCUGGAGAUUAAAAACCUUCGCAUGGAUUCCGGCAGGUUCUGACGGGACGUCGCUUGGCAGCCUUUGGAGGCGGUUCAGACUCCAGGACAAUGGUUGCCUCCAAGUACUACUGCGGGGAGAUUUUGGAUUAGGAGGACUUGAGAUCUUAUAGGCAACUCAUUGCCUGCCUCAAGUGCCCAUUUUCUGGAAGCCAGAGGCCGCUGGGAUUCUUACGGGUGCUUUGUUUACUGGCCGCCUUCUUUGAACCAGAGAACGAACUGGUUUGAAAGUGGUCCCCGAGUCACUCUGGGAAGUCUCAGUGUGAAGGCAGAGGCUCCAUCAGCUCCCUUGUGCCUGUGUGUGCCUGGUACUUCAUUGAGGAGCAGCGAGGGCAUCUUCCAAGUCCCCGGUGCCCAUCUGAGCUUGGCCUUGUGAUGGUUUUGACUCGUCCAGGCUGUCCAACAAUGACCCGUUGCAACAUGAAGGCGAAGUGGCUCAGGACUCUUCCCUGUUCCUCCCCGGAGCUGAACAGAGCAGGCUGUUUCUACACUGAAUUACUUUUGUCUCUCUUGUGGUCGAUGAUGGUUUGGGGGGGGCAUGUCUAAGUCAUCCGCUUCCCUUAGUUUUAUGGGUUUUCCUUUGCAAAUAUGGUUGCACUCAAGAGGUGAGGAGCAAAGAAAUGGGAGUCUGUAAUCAGUAAAGGCAAAAUCAGGAAUGUUUGUUUGGUUAUAAAGCGGUACUGAUUUCAAAAGCCAAGCUUUUGAAAGGGAUGUUUCAUUGUUGAGCCUUGUGAGGCAGACCAGGUCGUAACCAGAUCAUAUCUGCAGCUCCUGUCAAUACAGUCAUCUUCCAACUUCACCCAUAUUUUCCCAGGAUCACUUCAUGCCUUAAGCCAACAAUAGACUGAGGACCAAUUCUCUGAACUGGCUUCCUUCCAGUUGCCUCAAACCCAACCUUCCACUAGUUGCUUCUUCCCUCAGUCACUUUUCCACUGAAUAUUGUUGCCAGAAUUAACAUGGGACAUUGCAGGGCAGUGUCCAGAAAGGAGUUCAGACAUCCAGUGUCCAGCUCAUCUUAUAGAAUAUUCCGUCCUUCCCCAUUUCAUCUGGUUCAGAGCCUGUUUCUAGGACUACGCUUUUGCAAAAUCACAAGGCUCUUCUUUCAAACGGUUUCCCAUCUUCUGCUCCGAUACCUACGACCGAUGCUUUGCCUGAUCUUCCAUUGCCUGCCGAUUCCCACACAAGUCUAUGCAAAGCACUGCCAUCCGCGUAAUUCUCCUUGCUGGUCUCGGGGCUGACCACCUGAAAUAUCCAAAGACUGUGAAGCCCUGGGACAGCAAAGGGAUGAGUCUUUGGGAGCAGGGGGGGGUGAGUCUUCUGGCGGGAUACCUUUAAAGCACUUCUCCCUAAGUCCUGAAAGUUAAGACCUGUUGCUGAAAAACAAAAAAAUGGUUGGGCUCCCGCGAUGUCAGGAGCUGGGGCUUGAAGAAACGCAAGCAGCCCUGCUCAUCAUAAAAUCAUAAAACCCCCAUUGCCCUGGCUAGUUGGGGAAAACUCAAGAGUUGUUCAGGAGUGAGAGCAAGGGCAACACUGGGCAGCACACCCAAGUCCGGUCACUGUUACACCGGGCCUACAGUGCUCACAUUCUUCUAUCUUCAGCUAGAUUUCCCCGCUUCAUUCACUUUCCGCAUAGCUUCUCAGAAAGACCAAUAAUUACCAGUUCAAAAACCACUCCAAAGGCCUGCUUUUAAUUGCAGCAAUCCCCAAUGGCUUGAUAAAACUCUGCCCAGGCAUGCCUCUCCCCAUCUUGCUUUCAAAAAAUUUUAACCUUAGCAUUAAAUCUGCCAGUGCUUGUUGCUGGGGAGUAACGCCUCUCAUAUCCUACCUAUAGAAGCAACAGUGCAGUUUCGCCUGGAUUGCACUAUUCAGGAAGAGGGUUGGAUAGUUCCUGUGUAUACAAAGUUAUCAUAUCAAGAAUCUAGCCUAGCUUUCUCUUGGCCAUAACGCCUUUUCUAUGUGCAUAUGCUUACAUAGGGAGCGCAUUCAGGCGAUUCCUCCACUUCAGUCUGAAGUGCUACAAGCCCAGAAAAGCUGUCUUAAUUGUGGCUUUGCUACUCUGGUGGUCAGAACAGUGCAAGAGGCAUCAUGAAACCUGUAGGAAAGUCAACCUUACUUGGAUACCAAGCUUUUACACUUUUAAACUGACCUCUGAAUAUUAAAGAGUAUUUUAUACCCAUUGCUCGUGGACUUUUAUCCAGUCCUUUUAAAAACUAGUGUCUCCACACUUCAUUCCAGAGGGCCGUGAUCUAUUAGGAACUUUUAAUAGUCAUGCUGACUGUCCAUUGGACAGUCUAGAUCAUGUUGUCUCUCCCAAAUGUGACUAGCCAUUAUGUUCACAAUCGGGGCACAAUGGGGAUAUCCACCCUCUACUGCUAAUCUCAGAGAUUUUCUCUCUCCUGCCCACUGCCCCUAAAAAAAGCCGAGUGAUCAGUUUUAUCUAGCUGUUGCUAACAGUUUAUUGUUGCAGUCCAACAGCAUGAGACUGCUGUGUAGCCUUUUCGCUGGUUGACAAGGGGGACUGAAUCCAGAUUCCUGUUCCCUUAUCCCAAACAACUGACAAGCAGGGAUCCAGCAUUUAUUUUUAACAGGGAUGGGACUAGGGCACCAUCCACGCAGAAUCCGUUGGCACAGGCUCUAAUACCUCCAGCUAAGGAUACAUGUGCAGAUAGUCCCAAUCAGGAUGGAGAAAAAUGAUUGUUAGUCAUACUUAGGGUAGACUCAUUCAUAUCAAUGGACAAGUCAAUUAAUUCCAGUGGGUCUACCUUGAUUAUGACUAAUGCUGGCCACCACCCCCUGCAAUUUGUGGGAUUGCUCUCUUUCCUUGUUUACAAUGCAGAAUAAAUUAUUUAUAGUAGUAGUCAGCUAAGGCAAAGGGAAAGUUAAGUUUCAAAACACAUUUUUAAAGUGUACCUUUAAAUGAUUUUUUGCUUGUUUUUAUGCAUUUUAUCUGAUCAACAGACAGCAAUGUUAGCCAUUUAUCAAGGGGAUUCCUCAAUCCUAAAUCUACUUGAAAAAAAAUUACUGCAUUAUGUUUACUGGUAACCUUUCAGAAAAUGAGUAAUUCAGCACUUGAAAGCUAUUUUUUAACGUAUCACUUCUCUGUUCUAUGUAAACCUUGGAGAUAGUGCAUUUUAAAGCAAUGCUUUACUCAUGUAUGUUGGAGGGAAAGAAAUGAAAAGAAAAUAUUAUACAGUAAUAGCAAACUGGUUACGCUUUAUUAAACAGUGCCUAACUAUAUUUAAUGAU